AUGGCACUAACUGCUACUAGCACAGCCACCAUCACCACUUUACUAAUCUCCCUCUUCUUCUUCCCCAAAAUUUAUUCUUCUGAUUUCACCCAUAUACGUUUUGCAAAAGCAGACGUGGAUCUUUUGGAAUUUCCUCUAAAUUUAGAAUUCUUUGAAGCUGAAUUCUUUUUGUAUGGCGCUUUGGGUUAUGGCUUAGAUAAAGUUGCUCCAAAUCUAACCAAGGGAGGCCCAACACCCCUUGGUGCUAAAAAGGCAAAUUUAGAUCAUUUUACCCAAGAUGUUAUCCUGCAAUUUGCUUACCAAGAAGUUGGACACUUGAGGGCCAUUCAAAAAGUCGUUAAAGGAUUUCCAAGACCAUUAUUAGAUUUAAGUAAAGAAUCAUUUGCAAAAACAGUUGAUGCUGCAAUAGGGAAAAAGUUGUCCCCACCUUUUGAUCCUUAUUACAGUGGAGUUCACUUCCUCCUUGCAUCUUACCUUAUUCCUUAUGUUGGACUUACUGGCUAUGUUGGAACAAUUCCAAAACUCAAAGCCCCUAGUUCUAGAAGGCUUGUUGCAGGCCUUUUAGGUGUUGAAUCAGGCCAAGAUGCUGUUAUUCGAGCAUACCUAUACGAGCAUGCAAAGGAGAUAGUGUCACCAUAUGGAAUAACUGUGGGAGAGUUUACAGAUCGCUUUUCAGAACUAAGAGAUAGGCUUGGACAUCAAGGUCACAAAGAUGAAGGCCUUGUGGUUCCUCUACCUAAAGGUGCUGAGGGAAAGAUCAAUGGAAACGUGCUUGCUGGAGAUGUAGACUCUGUUGCAUUUGAUAGGACCGCAGAAGAGAUAUUGAGGAUUGUGUAUGGCUCUGGUGAUGAGAAAAAACCCGGUGGAUUCUAUCCAAAAGGAGGCAAUGGUCGCAUUGCCAGAUCUCAUCUACUUUAAUUAUAUGCACACAACUUUAUUACAAGAAAACUAGCUUCA